GCAAAUUUAAGUUCGAUAAUUCAUUAUUGUUGGCUUGCAAACAAUUUGGAUAACAGAGUCCUUUGGUAUGCAGCAGAGGUCCAGCAACGGUCACACUGGCCGUGGCCGUCAAACCGUGGUUCUUCUUCAUUAUUAUAUAAUUAAAACCGAUGCGAAUCGAAACCAAAACAAACCAAACCAGUGCAAUCCCCGUGUGUGAGUAGUUACAAUGGUAACGCGGUGACAAAUGCGCACUUCUCCACACGCCCGAAAUAAAGACAGGACAGCAGCAAGAUGAAAGACGAUGGAGCACCGAACGUCGCGAAAACCACCGACCCACCGCCCCCCAAAAGGUUUCCACCCGAAAGAGCCCACAUCCCAUAUGGAGACGGGGAGGCGGGAAAACUGCUGCAUGGCAGCGUCUUCUCGAAGCGCUUCUUCGGAGCCUUCCAGUGGGAGGAGUUCGCCUGCGGCUGCGGUGCAGCCUUCGUCAACAUCGCGGUCACCUAUCCCAUCUACAAGAUGAUCUUUCGUCAGAUGCUGCACGGUGUGCCCAUCACCUCGGCCUUUGCACAGCUGCGUCACGAGGGACUGGGCUUCCUGUACCGCGGAAUGCUGCCGCCGCUCGCCCAGAAGACCAUCUCCCUGUCCAUUAUGUUCGGGGUGUUCGACGGGACGAGGAGGUACCUAGUGGAGGACUAUCGCCUGAACGACUACGGGGCCAAGGUGAUAGCGGCCGUGGUUGCCGGCAGCGCCGAGUCCAUCCUCCUGCCCUUCGAACGGGUGCAAACCCUCCUCGCGGACUCCAAGUUCCAUCAGCACUUCUCCAACACACAAAACGCAUUCAGGUAUGUGGUAUCCCACCACGGGUACCGGGAGCUCUACAGGGGACUCGAACCAGUAUUUUGGCGCAACGGCCUGUCCAACGCGUUAUUCUUCGUACUGCGAGAAGAGGCCAGCGUCCGGCUGCCUAAGAGAAAAUCCGUAUCUACUCGAACGGUGCAGGAGUUCAUAGCGGGCGCUGUGAUCGGUGCGAGCAUAAGCACAAUAUUCUACCCGCUCAAUGUGAUCAAGGUGUCGCUGCAGAGUGAGAUGGGCCAGAGGUCAGAGGGCAGCUGGAAGGCGUGCAAGCGAAUUUACGUGGAGCGCGAUCGCCGCAUCGGCAACUUCUAUCGCGGAUGCGCCUUCAACACAGGCCGCUCCUUCAUCAGCUGGGGCAUCAUGAACACCGCGUACGAAAACCUAAAGAAACUGAUACAGCAGCAGCCGCCGUUGCCACUGGCCUCUGAGUAAAACUAGAGUUAACUUAGCUGAUUGUACACAAACGGUUACUUCUGCCUUUAGCUAGCCAAUUAUUUCGUUCGAUUUAAGUCUCGUCUAAGUCGCUUGUGUUGAGAUGCUGAAUUCUAGGUGUUAAUGUACAUACACACAUCCUAAGCGGAGGGCGCCUGCUCCUCCUACUCAUAUCUGUAUAUCUAUUCAAUUCGCCUCGCGGAUGCCAAGUACAAUACAACGUGAGCAUUUAAAGGUACCCAAUCUACGAGUUACGGUUUAGUUAGCUACUUUUCGAGUACGUGUAAAUAAUACUAGAUGAUGUGCGAUAUAAUACGAGUGUGUUGUUUGUUCGCCAAUGACUUUGUGAUUCAUUGAAGAUACUAAAACUGAUUAAUUAACGCUUUAGAUUCAAUGCUCUUAAACGAAAAUAAAAGUGUAUUUGUAAUUAG